GAUGUUGAUUCGGAUAAUGAUGAUGAUGUUUCGCAUGAUCAACUUGAUGUUGAUGAUGAUGAUGAUAAUGAUGAUGACGAUGAUAAUGAUGAUGAUGAUGUUGAUGACGAAUAUAACGAUGAUGAAGAUGAUGUUGAUAAUGAUGAUGAAGAUGAUGAUGUUGAUGACGAAUAUAACGAUGAUGACGAUGAUGUUGAUGAUGAUGAUGAAGAUGAUGAUGUUGAUGAUGAUUCGGAUGAUGAUGAUGAUUCAU